GGUUCACUUGGGAAAUGUAGUGUAAAUUUACAGCUGUUCCUUGGAAUUAAAAUGACUUAAAACUACAGAUCCCAGAAUGCAUAGUGUAACGUCAGGCUAAGCACGUCGGAUAUUUAGAUAAGGUUAUGUAAGGAAGGGCACAUCAGAGCAACCUGCAAACGUAGAAGCUGAGGUUACCCAAGCCUGAAAAUGUCCGCAAUGGCAGCCGCUAGUUGUGAUGGUACCCCUGCCCUGGAGACUACUGAGGAGAAGAAACCCCUCAAACCGUGCUGUGCGUGUCCUGAGACCAAGAAGGCCAGGGAUGCUUGCAUUAUAGAAAAAGGCGAAGAAAGCUGCACCGACCUAAUCGAGGCGCACAAGGACUGUAUGAGGGCGCUUGGAUUUAAGAUCUAAUUUGAUCAUGCCUGGUUUGUGAGAAUGAAAUGCGUGUGUGUUGUGGCUGACUCUGUGGCGUGUGGAUCCUUCACCAGAUACAUAUUUAUAACUGAGCCUGAGUGGGAGGGUGUGUGUCACCUGGUUUUGUUCUUUUUUAAACUGAUGUAUUUUUCUUAAUUCUUGUGUUCUCACAAUUCCUUGGAAAUUUCUCUACCAAAAAAAAAGAUUAUGUCCCUCUGAUUGGAAUCUAUUAAAUUCCUAUGCAAUGUG